AUGAGCAAAGAAGAGAGCGUGGAGAUCGACGAGGGAACCCCUCAGCCUCCUAAAGCUCCCAACGAGGCGACCGAUGGCCGGCGCCCUUCGAUCUUUGCAGACCAGCGUCGGCGUAAGCAGAGCGUUGCUGAUCUGACCGAGAACGUCACUGGAGAGAUCAAAAACCCUCUUGUUGGAAUUCCCAAGGAACAGCUUCUUCAGGAUGUUGAGAACUAUGCCAACGAGUACGGCCUUGUCGAUAUUCUCCCUCUUCUGAAGAAAGGAGCCCUCGUCGCUCAGAAUCCUCGCAAUUUUGAGGCGAUCGAGGAGCUCGAAGAGGACGAACGUCAAGCCUUGCGCGAGGAAGUCACCCGCCGUUGGAAGCAUCCUUUUCUUCUCUACUACACUAUUGUGCUGAAUUCUAUCGCUGCUGCUAUUCAAGGAUGGGAUCAGACCGGUUCCAACGGAGCGAAUCUCACCUUUCAGGCCGCUUUGGGAAUCCCAGACGACGGGCCUCAAUGUACUAAUGCUGGUACUUGCAGCAAGAAUGCGUGGAUCGUGGGCUUCAUCAAUUCUGCUCCUUACAUCUCUAUCUGCAUCAUAUUCGGCUGGCUUGCUGACCCUCUCAACCACUGGAUUGGCCGUAGAGGAGUGAUAUUCAUCGGCGCUAUUUUCAGUCUCCUUGCUCCGAUCGGUUCUGGUGUCGUUCAAACCUGGGGUCAGCUUGUAGCAUGUCGCAUUCUGCUUGGCGCUGGCAUGGGUCUGAAAGAAGUCACGGUUCCUGUCUUGUCUGCUGAGAAUGCCCCAACCAACAUUCGUGGUGGAUUGGUCAUGUCCUGGCAGCUCUGGACAGCAUUUGGCAUUUUCCUGGGUACCUGUGCAAACCUAGCAGUCGUCAACGUGGGCACAAUUACCUGGAGGCUGCAACUGGGCUCAGCCUUCAUUCCCGCCGUGCCCCUUGUCCUGGGAGUCUGGUUCUGCCCUGAGUCUCCUCGAUGGCUCAUGACGAAGAAGAACCACGCCAAAGCCUACCGGUCCCUCCUUCGACUGAGGAAUACCCCGCUUCAAGCUGCUCGGGAUCUCUAUUUCAUUCAUGCCCAGCUUGUACAAGAGGAGAUUCUGAUCGAAGAGGCUGGUCUCAGCAAGUCGGUGAAUAUGUUCACGCGGUUCGUUGAAUUGGCGACCAUCCCACGAGUCCGUCGCGCGGCUCAGGCUUCUGGAAUCGUCAUGAUUGCUCAACAGUUGUGUGGAAUCAACAUUAUUUCUUUCUACUCUUCCACCAUCUUCUCUAAAGCGGGUGCGAGCAACAUUGGGGCGCUUCUGGCAUCUUGGGGAUUUGGGUUGAUCAACUUCCUCUUCGCUUGGCCGGCAGUGUACACAAUUGACACCUUUGGACGGCGUGGCCUGCUCCUAUUCACGUUCCCGCAGAUGUGCUGGACUCUGCUGGCCGCGGGUUUCUGCUUCUGGAUCCCCGAUUCCAGCAAUGCCCACUUGGGACUGAUCGCCCUGUUCAUCUACAUCUUUGCCAUGUUUUAUUCUCCCGGGGAGGGCCCAGUUCCGUUCACGUAUUCGGCAGAGGUCUUUCCACUCUCCCACCGAGAAGUUGGUAUGGCGUGGGCUGUGGCGACAAACAACUUUUGGGCAUCGAUUCUCUCACUCACGUUCCCGUACAUGCUCAAUGCAUUCCAGCCUCAAGGGGCAUUCGGGUUUUACGCGGGGCUCAACUUUAUUGCGCUCAUCUUGAUCUUCCUUUUCGUGCCAGAGACGAAGCAGCGCUCUCUGGAGGAGCUGGACUAUGUCUUUGCGGUGACGACUCGCCGGCACGCGAAGUACCAGCUUACCGAGGUUCUUCCGUGGUGGAUCAGGCGUUACAUCUUCUGGCGCAAGGACGCAGUGUGUCCGGAGCUGUACCACACCGACCUCGAUGAGACGUACAGUCAUGCGACUCCCCCGUCGCCGAAGAAAAACGAGGCAGCGGAUGUGAUGCCUGAAGAGGUCCACACCGAGACUGUCUAG